AUGGACACUAUCCCUCCUGAGAUCCUAGCCGAGAUCUUCCAGAUCCUGACGGUCACAGACAGACCAUCCGCACCUUGGCGAAUGAAGCGAAAACCGGUUUCUUGGGGAGCCACCGGAACGCCAUCUUUGGGCUGGAUCAACGCGACCUACGUCUGCCAUUACUGGCGCGACUGCGCUCUACGGACGCCAAUACUGUGGACAUACCUAUCGGACAUCGCGCAUCACGGAGAACGAUGGACUGAAGUGUUUGUAGAGCGUGGAAAGGAAGUCGGCAUAUGCUACGAAGACAAGGACGUUUCCACUCUACGUAGUAGUGAUCCUCGCUACACGGUCUUGUCUCAACACGUUCACCACAUCAGCACCCUUCACCUGAUGCACCCGCUAGCUGCCUACGCGAAUGUCGCAAACCGCAUCUAUCAGGACAUGCUCUUGAAGCCUGCACCCAUGCUUCGCGAUCUUAGCCUCCAGGACUUUCCCAUCGUGGAAGUCCAAUUCAGGUUGCCAAGCUUGCGCCGCUUGCGUCUAUGGAACACCAGCUUGUCGCUGUGGCCGAAACAGCUCUUCACGCUGAACCUGUUAUCCUUUGAAUACUGUACAAGGGUGACAGACAGAGACUCACACCCCAUCGACAUCAACCUCAUAUUCGACGCUUUGCGUGAGACGCCUGACUUGCGCUCGCUGACACUGGACUUGAAUCGGAUCCAACCAUUCGAGCCUGAUCUUCUUCCUAUCGUCACUUUACGAAGCCUUGUGCACAUCGAUAUAUCCGCAGAGGCUAAGACUGUCCUCGCGGUGGUCAAGCACAUCGUUUUCCCUCCCACCGCUUCUCUUCGCAUUGCCUCCCGAGAGGAUCGCUUUGCCCAGGCAUCAACGAAUGAGACCACCAAUCUCGCGACCUUGGACUUCUACGAGGAACUUACGCGCAAUUCAGAGCCUCCUGCGUUCAAACUGGUCAACCUUUUCGCGAAGACAGACGCUCUCUACUUUGCGGCUGCGCGAUAUCGCUCCUCCGACAUCUCGUUCAUCGCACCAUCUUACGAUCUGGUGCUCGAGCUGCCCGUUCCUCUGGCCGAACCGGAUCUGGACUCCACGAACAACGUUCACGGCCUUGCCGCGACGAUAUUUGGUCGUUUCUUCGAGAAAGAGUCGCUGCGCGAGCUGCACUUGGCGGGUGCAUGGUGCCGAACUUCGAUCGCCAUGUUCUACGAUAUGUGGCGAGUGGAACAUAUGGACCUUAUGGGACCAGCUGUCGAGCUAUUGGUAGAGCAUAUGACGGGACGGACGAAACCUCGCAGGUCGGUGGAGGAGAAGCCGUUGGGCGAUCGAGUUCAGACACUCGCUCUUCAUCGUGGGCAUGUGGAUCGCGACUUAUGCAUGCGAUUGGCCCAAAGCAUUGGGUCGCCUGCUUUCAAGAAGGAUGGGGUGCUCAAGACGGUUUACCUGUCUAAGGCCAAUAUGCCAUUGCUGGGGAGAGUUUGGGAUGAGGCGGGCGUAGAAGUUGUGGGUGUGUAG